GUGAAGGAGUCUGUGGGUCUCAUGUGUGUGUGUGUCUGUGUGUGAAAAGGAGAGAGGGAGGGAGUGAAAGAAAGAGCGGUGGCUCUGUAUAAGGGAAAGAAAGCAAUUUCUCCUGCUCUGCAGCUUCUGUUCAGAACAUCAACACCUUUGAGAACAGAAUGUUAAUGCUUGAUGGGAUGCCGGCAGUCAGAGUCAAAACAGAGCUGUUGGAAUCAGAACAAGGGACUCAGCCAUGCUUGUAAAGAAAUCUCUACCACAACUAAGAGGUCUCUAGAGGGAAUGGAGCCAAAAUGUAAUUGUAAGUCUCCAAAUAGCCACAGUUACCCAGAUAUGGAAUCGGUUCCCCUCUUGCUAAAUAACAUGAAGGCGGAGCACCCAGAGGACUCUUUGUCUACAGACCAUUUCCAAACACAAACUGAGCCAGUGGACCUGUCGAUAAACAAAGCCAGGACAUCCCCCAGCGCCGUCUCGCCUUCCCCGGUUUCCAUGACAGCCUCGGCCGCCUCACCCUCGUCCACUUCAACUUCCUCGUCGUCGUCUUCUAGUCGCCCAGCCUCAUCCCCAACCGUCAUCACAUCGGUAUCUUCCGCGUCAUCCGCGCCGUCAGUGUUAACUCCGGGCCCGCUCGUGGCGUCCGCUUCUGGGGUCGGAGGUCAGCAGUUUUUGCACAUCAUCCAUCCCGUCCCGCCUUCGAGCCCGAUGAAUUUACAGACUAACAAACUGAGUCACGUGCACCGCAUACCUGUGGUGGUGCAGUCGGUCCCUGUGGUGUACACGGCCGUGCGCUCACCGGGGAAUAUCAACAACACUAUAGUAGUGCCGCUGUUGGAGGACGGGAGAAGUCACGUCAAAGCACAAAUGGACCCUCGAGCCCUAUCUCCCAGAGAAAUUAAAAGUGACAGUGAUGAUGACGACCUGCCAAAUGUGACCUUAGAUAGCGUUAAUGAAACUGGAUCCACGGCCCUUUCCAUAGCCAGAGCCGUUCAAGAUUCGAUUUCACCAUUCAGUAUUGAGAGCACAAGGCGUCAGAGACGGUCGGAGUCCCCAGAUUCCAGGAAACGGCGCAUCCAUAGAUGUGACUUUGACGGCUGCAACAAGGUGUACACAAAAAGUUCUCAUCUGAAGGCACACAGGAGGACACACACAGGAGAAAAACCUUACAAGUGUACUUGGGAAGGCUGCACUUGGAAGUUUGCUCGCUCGGACGAACUGACGAGGCAUUACCGCAAACACACGGGAGUGAAGCCAUUCAAGUGUGUGGACUGCGAUCGCAGCUUUUCCCGAUCUGACCACUUGGCACUUCAUCGUCGGAGGCACAUGCUCGUCUGAGGCAACGCUACUACCUGAGUCCUUCCAAGUGUAAGAGCUGGGUCUCUGAGCUACCCCUAAUUCAGCAGGACUGAAUCCCCUUCACAGUGUUAACACAAAAGGGCAUCAUCAUCAUCCUCAUCACCAUCAUCCCACCGUGUCUGAUGGGAGAGCGAGGCUAGAAACGCCCCUCUCCUCCUCCCGUCUGCCUGAAGGUAACCCCAGCUCCAUGGCUGACAGAGCCGUCUUCAUGCUGGCCUGGGAGAUUAGGGACACAAAGGCUGAAAGGUCUGGCAUCGUUUUCCGUGCUGGGUCCUCUUCCAUUUGUAGAUGCUUAUGGCUUGUACAUUUUCUCAGCUGUUAGACAUUUUGUUAAUGCAGUUUAAAGAUCAGUUACCAUGAAUGGAUGGCAGAGAGCAAGCCCUUUAGGACUUGGACUGUUAUCCCAAAUUUCUUCUGAUGGGUUUUUUUAAUAACCUCCUAAGUAAUGUUGAAAAUCCACCUAAUCUAUGUUUUUGGCAAGCCGCUUAAAGUAGUAGAUGAGAAGAAUCUGAUGGAGAGGUCCAUCAAUGGAAAAUCAGCAGCAGGCAAGCAGACCAUUGCAGGAAAUGGUGGCAUGUAAAAAUCCCACAGAGCGUGGAUGUAUGCCCUGCCCUCUUAAAGAACCAACAUUUAAUCUUUCAUUUGUUUUGUCACCGGUCAUUUUUUGGUUUGCUUUGGUUUCACUGACUGUACAAGUGUGUAAACAAAGAGGCAGCCACAUUUCAGUGCAGCCCAAUUAUCUUAUGGUCUGUCUUGGACUAGUCUUGGAAGUGUGUCCUGGUUUGCAUAGGAAGAGUCUUUCUUGAAAACAACUACUGCCCUAAAGCCCAGUGCAGCUUUCUGCACUGCCCUCUUCUCUUCCCCCUCCCUCCCACCCCCAAAUGAGAGUCAUCUCUUCCAAAUCUCAAUAUUUGGUACAAGGAAUAAGGAAAAGAAACCUUCCUAGACACUCUGGCACCAGCAUAAAAGGUGUGUCUGUCCAGGCAAAGUCAGCGCCCAUGACAAAUCAGACAUAGCAGAGAUGGAAUUAAUGUGCCUCAUGAGGAGAAAAGCAAUAAUGAAUGAAAGGACUUUCCUCCCAGAAACUUCCUUGAGAACUCCCAUUACCAAGUCUCAUAGUUACAGAGUAAAAAUAGCCCUGUAGAUGUUUGGUUACAAUGACCAUGGAAGAGUAAGCUUUCUGUUUACUUGUCGUCCUUGGGUUGUGUUUCCCAGCUAAGGACUGUGAUUCCUCUUUGUUCUUUUAGUGCAUUGGUUUGGAUACUAGAAAUGCAAAGUAAUCAGGGCAGUUCUUCUUGGGAUCAGGCUAGUAAGGAAAGAUAUGCUCCCAGAGGAAUAAGUGCAAUGGUGCUAGUUUCUACACUAAGGGAGAUGAGAGUAGGAAAAUCUCUAGAAAUUUUCCCAUGGAGUUUUCUUUCAGGAAGUGAUUGAUCCCAAUGACUCCAUACCGGUCUCUACAGGAAUAUUCUACCCAACCUUUUUGUAUUCUGGAUAAAAGCAAAUUGCAUAGCUUCAUACACAAACCCCCAAAAUGACGAGCCAAUUUGUAUUCAAUAAAGUAUAUGAUAAAGCAAUAUUUCACUAACAUUUUUUCCUGAAAAAGUUAUUUAUUCAACUUAGUGUGGUUGUAGGGGCUUGGUGUGAUUUUUAUUUGUGAAGAUUUUUAUAGCAUGGUAAAAAGGUGUCCAGAAAGAUCUUUUGCAAUAUAUUUUCAUUAUGAACACUUUAUUUGGGAAUUGCACAGAUUAAAACCUCACAGUGUUUAUAGCUCAUUUUGAAAUGUCUGACCAGUGUGAAAUAACUUCUGAUUGCUAAAAUAACCUCAUCGGUGAGUGUUAAUUUGAAAAAUGAAAAUAGAUACAGGAUCUGUGAACAUUUAAACCAGUAAUAUCUAUCACAUCUAGUAUUAAAGGGUAUUUUAAUUCAAGGUAUUCAAGGAAUAGUUUAAGGUUUUUCAGGUUAAGAGCAUCGCCUCAGAAAUAUGUGCUUGAUAAAAUCUACCAGAUAGUUAAAGAAUCCAUUGAGAAAGAGUCCAUUCUAUACAAGGACGACUGCCAUGAAGACUAACUAAUAAAACAAGGGGACCGUGACUACUCUGAAAAUUUCCUGCAUUUAAGUAAAUACUACAUGUCUGCUCAAUGCCUAAACACAAAUCCUAGGUUUGGUUUGAUGGAAUUCAGUAUUUUGACAGUUCACUGAAGAGAAUCAGCGUGGGAAACCGAUUACUCCAAACUGAUUCUCUGCCCUAAAUAGGUACAUGAUGAGAGUCUGGGAUAAUGAGUGAUCUAAUGUAAUACUUGAAUGAGUGAUCUAAUGUAAUACUUGCCGCAGUGUGCAAGGAUAGCUAAUUGAUGUCUUCUCACUGAGAGGCAAAUUUUACAAAUUACAGGUUAAAUUCAUUCUGAGAACACCUAAAACUCAGUACAGAGCCAGGAUUGAAUUAAAGUCAUCCCAGAGGGAUCAACAUAUUGCUGAUAGAAAAAGGAAUAAAGAUGUAAGCAGGCGAACCCUUACAAGGUAUGUAAGACAGUCUUGGACCUAGAACCAUUAAACCUCCUCCUUCAAUAUGGCAUCAUCCCAGUAGCUAGAUCAAAAGGAGAAAAUAACUAGUGGACAUGUAACAGGAGCAUUUUAGUUGAACCGUAGGCGACUGGAAUUUUGUUUAGUCUGAUCUUAUCAAUAUCUGUCUCCCUGUCUAGACCACAAGCUCGUGAUAGUCAGGGAACAUGUCUGCUAAUUCUAUAGUUUUGUACUCUCUGAAGCACCUACUACAGUGAUCCGUACAUAGUUAGUGCUCAGUAAAUACUAUUGAUUUGGUAUGGCUCUUGGUACACUGCAAAUAAUGUUUAUAAAAGUGAAUGGUUUUAUAAAGUUGCUUGGUAGUAGAAGUGAGAGAGAGAGAGAAAGAGAGCAUAUGUGACGGAGAGGGAGAGAUGGGGGAGAGGGAGGAAAGGAGGGAUGGGAGAGAGAGAGAAAACAUACUUAUCCUUCCUUUCCUACUCCUGUUAUAGCUAUAGGAGGUACAGGGACCUAAUCCUCUCAUUUUGUGGUUUGUAAAUCUUGAUAACUUCAGUGGGAAUGGCAUUAGUGGAAAGGUUAGUGGAUUCAGUCAUUUAUGUUUUCAUUAAAUCUCUGUCCUUUUAAUUUGGUUUUAAACGUUUAGAGGAAGGACAGUUACACUUUCUCCUCUUGUUCGUAGAGGGUAGGUCUCCUUAUAGUUGGUCUUUGGUCCCCUUAAGCCUGGGUUCAGACAGAAAUCUUCAAAGACUUACACCGUGAAGACCAUAAAGCUAUUUCUGGCAUCCUCUUUAUAAAAUACUAUAGACCAUUUGUUUUUAAAAGAAGUUGAAUAACAAUGAGGUAAACCACAUCGUUUUUUUAAAAACAAGGGCACAUUUCUUAAUUCUCUAAAGUCUAAGGAAUAGGAAGAUGAUUGUUUGCAAAAGAAUGUACAAAAUGCAAAAUAUUGAAAGUGGCGGUCUCUAAGUUAUCUGAAGGGUCUCUGUCAAUCUGGUUGUAGUAGCACAAAAGGCUGGUAGGGUCUCCUUUUCUUAAAAAAAAAUUGAACUAUGCUGCACUUUGAACUCGGUUCAUUAAAUCUCAGUUUACACAGGGUCUACAGAUGCAGUACUUUUUAUUCUAGUCUUGAUUUAUUCCACUUACCAGAGGUGUAAUUGAAUCAGUCUGGUCUGAUGGGACCUUUAAUUGAAUUGCACACUCCUGCUCAUGUUUGUUCACUGUUGUCCUGGAAUAGUUUUAAGAGGAUAAUUUACCAAUCAGAAGAUUCAUUUAAAAUGUAUUUAGCAGAGUUUAAAAUACCAGCAUCUAUAGAGUCUGAAGAUUUAAUUCCAGAGUUUAAAGGGUUGGAAACACCUCCUGUGAUUCAUAAUCAGACACAAGCAGUGGUAUUUAUUGUGUGCUUACUGUGUUCAGAGUACCAUACAAAGUGCUUGAGAAAAUAUGGUAAUACAGAUUUAGUAAAUAUGUUCCUUUCCCACAGCAAGCUUCCAGACUUCAGGGAGCUUACAGUCUUUGGUUCACUGUGCAAUGACUACACCCGAGUGACCCAAUAAUGUUGUUUCUUAUUUUAGUGGGUAAAUUAUCUUCUUAUACAAGCUAUUACUUGAUCAAAAACCAUCCAUCUACUUCUUGAGAGUGGCUGCUUUCACUAGAUAUCUCUUUAUGGUUUACGAAGAGGACAUUAUGCUGUGUCUUCCAUAAUAUGGCCGAUCACCUUCUCUUUGUACAUCCCUUCCCUUUGCCUUCCAAACACUGUACUUCACGUGUAUACACCUACAGAAAUGUCUGUGUCUUUUGUGCUAUCAUGUCAAGAAUCGAAAAAAAAAGAAUUUGAUAAUAAUCCACACUGUCAGGGAAAAUGAUUUACCUAUUAGGAACUCAGCACAUAUUGCUACACAUCUCUUGACUUGCAUUUUUUAAUGUUCAUAAAAAUAAAACUCCUCUAUUUUCACAAUGCCAUUAAAAGUGUAAGUUUCAUAACCCAUGCCAAUCGUACGUUAUUCUGUUAAAUACUGAACGAUUUCAACGGAAAUUCAGAUUUUAGUAAAAAAAAAACAUUGGUAGACUACUGCAUCUUUAAAAAUAGAAUGAAGGUAUUUUACUAAACUUUUAGCAAUUGAAAUAUUCUGUAAUAUACGUGAUAGUGGAAAAGUAUUUUCAAGCUCACAGUUUUACACAGGUUGUAAAUAGUUUAAUGAAGUACGUUUUUUAAAAGGUUUUAGUUUUCAUCAUACAAAAUGUGUUCGGAUAGACUUUGUAAAUCUUCCAAAUAAUUAAUAUUGCUUUGGAACGCCACUGAUCCACUUGGUCAGAGCAUGUUCUGUUUGCCCCAGAUGGAGUGGCCCUCUCAUCUCCAUGUAUCUAACAUGGUAUCAAAUACAGUGAAUCAUUCUGAGUCCCGGGAAACGGAUCCCAAAUGUAAAAUUCCCUGGUCUCACCAAGGCAAAACAGCUGGAAAGGUGUUUCGAAUCAUUUUCUUUCUCCCUCAGCCCAAACGCUUCUUCAUGAAAAGAUUAUUCUGUUAGAACCGGUGGUCUUUUGACUAAUUCCAGAGGGAGUUGUAGAUCUUUUAGGUAUGGAGACAUGUCAGUGGUUGGUGCAGUUUGGGAUGGUUGGGUUGGAGUAUUCCGAAAACACGCUUACAGCAGCUCUGCCUAAGAUAACGCCAGUCCUCUGAAUUGAAUUAGAAACUGAAAGUGCCUGAUCAUGUACACUACAGCUGAUGGGAUGUUCCGAUACUUUUAAACAGCAAUAAUUAUAAUUACAAUUCAAUUAAUCAGUCAUUUUUGCAAUAAUUACAUCUAAAAAAACCCAAACCUGCUUUGCCCUUUAUGCAUCCUGAUCCGUUGGCAGUUUUUUUUCUUAAUUCAAUCCUUCAUGCACGACAACAGGGUUUAAAAGUCAAUCAACUUGCAGCUGAGCUGUGAACAUAUUUUACACUGCAUACCUCAGUUCCAAAUUGUAGAUGAAGUUUCUCAUACUUUUUCACCCUUGAUUCAUGAAUAACCUCCAGGAGUUACCUAAGAUUUUUCUCAGUGAAACAUAGCCCUGAAAAUAACAAUAAGCAUAGCUUAUCUCGCCAGAUGUAUGCGAAUAGUAGGACUAGCGCAAAGUUUCAUUUUCGUGUAAAUUCUUGUUGAAUCCAGUCCACUAACUUUGAGCUAUUGAAUGUAAAUAUCCAUGUCUCUUGCUGUUGUUGUUUUUAUCUGUUUCACCCAAUGAAUGAACUUUUGACUGAGCGUUCUCAAAAUCUUUACAGGAUUUUUUAGGGAAUCUAAAAGAUUAGUAGGGCUAUCUGUAGUGCUUAAAUCAUCAUCUCAGUCGGCUAAGGGUUUUGGGCGUUCCUGUAAAUGAUGCCAGUGACAACAGGAGAAAAGCUUAAUCUCAUGAAAAUGGACACUCUUAUGUCAAUCAAGAACAGGAAGGGUUCUUUCAAUAUGGGCGGUUGUCCUCCUGUUUAAAGAUGAAUCUUCUUUAAGCUGUUCAUUUCCAGAACUGGCGAACAGUAGCAGCACAGCCAAUAAAGAAUGUAUUGCACAGUUCAUGGGGAAUUUGAGAAGCAGUAACAUUUAGGUAACAAAAAAAAUGAUAUUGGUUCUUUUCAGAUUUCUUACUUCCCUAAGGAGUAUUCUAAAGGUUUUACUAAAGAACAGUGGCAUUCACAUAGUAGAUUAAUUUAGCUAAAAACAGGUCAAAUAAGAACUUCUUUUUGGAGGGGGGCGUUGGCUUGGGUUUCUUUUUUGUUUUUAGGGUUUUUUGUGUUUUUUUAAUGCACAAGAUUUCUGACAGAAUGUUGAUUCAUUGAUGUGCCUAAUGGACUUUGAAAACAUUGCAAGUCUGUCAUUUUUCAUAUCGUUUCUGUUUCUGAAAAUGAAUCCCCUGACUUACGAUCUGUCUUCCUUGAUACUUGGCUAAGAGAGGAGAAAAGCCUGUAUGAACAAAUUCCCUUCCAUGCUGAAACGAAACAUUCUGUGUGCAAAAUCUACUGUAGACUGGGAUACUUCUCAGAUAAUUGGGCUUCUCAGGCAAUAAUUUCUCAACCUUUAAACCACAAACUGAAAUGAGUGGAAAAAUGAUGCGUCGUGAAAAGUCACAAUAUUUUUUCCAUCCUAGUGUUCGUCUCAAGAUGUGAAGAGUGUAUGAGACAUCAGACCCUGUGUUUUGUGUUAAUACCCCGAAAAAUUGAUUUGCUGUGUGCUUUAGUUGGAUCUUGCCAUUUCCAAUGAGUGCAGUUUUAGACUUUUAAAGAAAUGCGUGUUCCACAGGGGACAUCUGUCUUCUAGCAGGGCAAACGGUAGAGGGUGAGAAAGGAAUAAUGUUUUGGGGAUACCAAAAUCCUUCAUUACAUAUUUCUUUCUCUAAAAGAAAUGCUAUACAAUUCAUGCUGAAAGUUUUGGUACACAGUUUUAUUGCUAGGUUCCUUCUGUAGCAGCAAGGGCGCUAUGUUCCCAUAAUCAGAUAAUGAUGUAAAUUGAAUUAUUCUACCUUAGCCUGUUAAGUGCAUGGUCUUGUCCUGGAUCACUAGUGUCUGUAUUCAAGAGUCUCUCCUGUCGACUCCACUCCAACACUAUUCAAAGCUCAUUCUGCUAGAAACCUCAUAGAAAUACAAUUACCAUCAAAAGGGACUAUGAAUGCUUUUUAUUCAUUUGUCCAUGUCUAACUGGAAUGCAUUGCAUCACAGUGAGGAGUGCCUGAAUGAUGUGAGGUAAACAUUUACACAGCCAGCUCUAAAAACAACGUUGGAUAUUAUACCCCACUUGAUCCAAACACAAUUGCGGGAAUCAUAAAAGGCUCCUUGCUAAAAAAAAACUCCCAAAAAACAAAAGAAACCAAUUGAAUUUGGAUGUCUACAACAGAACAUCCUCACGAUCGUCUGUUGUGAAAAAAAUAACCAGACUAGACCACAUAUAAGAUGCCCACCUGCCUCUCAAAAUGACAUACCUAUCAUUAGAAGUAGUCUAGACACUGUUCUUUAUAUGUGGUAAAGUUGAUUCAAAGGUAGUGUUCUUUUGAACAAUUUUCUCAGCUGUAUUUGAAGAAACAAGAGAAUAUAGAUAAACACCAUCAAUGGCCAAAUCAAGCAAGCAUCUUUCUACCAAUUAGAUCAUUACUUUAAUAUGUAUGGCAAUUGGGCCAGAUGAUCUUUCUGGGUAAAAAUAUAAAAACAUCCCGUAGUUCACAAAACUAUUAUUUUAGGCCUGGAGCCGUGGAACACUGCAUCGAGUAGACAUUUUGCGCCUGAUCUCUUUUAUGUUAUAUUGUGUAAGAGAUUUUAUUAGUCCAAAAGCUAUAAAGAAUAUCACAAUAAGGUCCCAUACUUAAGAGAAUUUCAAAAACCCAUGCUAGCAAGCAUUAGUUCAUUAAACCUUUCUCUUUUGUUUCCUGUUCAAGGGAUUUUAACCCAAAACAAAUGUAUUUCUUUGAAACUCAUCUGAAGCUCUAAUUUCCCAAUAGUUUCUUCUGCAUUUAUAUACUAUGUAGUGUUUA